AUGCGUUGCUCAUUCGCCCUUACUUUCCUGGUGGCCGUCGCGCCUACAACCCUCUUCGCAGCUCCGACCCCAAUGGAGAAGCGCGCACCCGGAUCAGAAGUCUGUGAUAUAUCAAAAGCAGUGGUUCCCCAAGCACCCACACCACUUCCUGCUCCAACAGGAACCCUGGCCUACGUCGCCAUCGGUCGCGGCACGCAAAACUACACAUGUGCAGCAACUCCAAACUCCAGCGAAGGAUCUCCCAAAGCGAUUGGAGCCAUGGCAACUCUCUAUAACGCAACCUGUACGGCAGUACAAGCACCAAUGGUUCUGAAUGACACUCCUGCCAUUGCCCUCAAGACACCGCCCACAAUUGGAGUCCCCGUUGAGAAGGAGAGCACAGACGGUCCUGUCUCGGGCCACCACUACUUCAACGCCGCCGGCUCCCCCGUCUUCGAGACCGAGUACGGUUGGGUGCAGGCCAAAGGUUUCGCCAACUCGACAGCCCCAGCCACCGCUGAUAAAGGCAAGAACGGUCUCGGCAGUGUGGCCUGGUUGAAGCUGCUCGGCACUGCCGGCGACUGGAAGGAGGUCUACCGAGUGGACACAGCCGGUGGUGUGGCCCCGAAGACCUGUGCAAACAUUGAAGGCACAUUUGAAGUGGAAUACGCCGCUGUGUACUGGUUCUACGCAUAGAGGUGGUCUUCGAUAGCGCAUACCGCGCCACGAGGAAACGAAGCGACGAUUCGAAUGUGUGCAUGAGACUGGCGUCUCGGGUCUAAUUGGUGGCACUUUGGCCGUGGCUCCAGAGUGAGAUUGUAUAUAGGAUACCUUGAGGAUUUUGUUGCAUCGUUCUUGUGUGCCAUUCCAAGCCAAGACAGCUUGAUUUCGUAGCCUUAUUAAUAUAAAAUUCUGUCUGGU